GAACGUUAAAGCCCCUUAUAUUUAGAAGUAAAGCCAUGACAUACAAUUGAAGGCGUACAUAUAUGAAUACCGUUCAUUUUAGCAUAAAAAUCCCAAAGUUAUGCUACUGCACUAACACGUGUGGUAUGUUAAGAGUGGGUAUUGGCAACGGCUCUAACCUAUCAGCCUAGUACAGCCUAAAUUAGUCUGCAAUUUAAUUUAAAAUGCAGUCCUGCUUCGAUGGAUGCGUUUUACAUAAAACGGAAUUGUUUCACUGCGUAAUUGUCAGGCUUGGAGCUUCAAUAGGCAAACGGGAAUAAUUAUACAAUCAAAAAACGUUUAUUUAUUAUAGGUUAAAGCUCAUAUUGUUAUCCAAUAGCCGACCAACAAUAUGUAGGCUAAGUACGGUGCGUAAAAGUAACUUACUUUUAUAAUCGGACGUAUUUCUCAAGCGAAAUCUUCAAUUUUCACCUCAUUUUUGCGGGAUUUGUGGAGUCCUUUGGUUUCUCUUACGAGGCCGCUGUUUGCCAGCUUUACCUGUAGCCUAACUUUACUUGCCUACUUUCACGGAAUAUGCUACUAUCAGCCCCUUUCAUGGAACGCAACGCUUAAUCUGUGUUUUAGGCCUAUGUAUAGAAUUAAAAUAAAUAUAUUAUCUAAAUAAAAUCGAGAAGUUACGCUCACAGAAUCAUUUUAGCACAGGUUUUUCCGUUGUGCUUGAAGUGAGUGUGAAGGCAAGACCACUGUAUUGACAGUGAAAUUCGAAACCCGGUCUCUGCGGUGCGAGGUUCUCGCAGAGGUAGACUACAGGGAAGAGACUAUAGACCUAGGUAGGACAAUAAUAGGACAUUUCUGGCUUUCGCACGGGCGAGUUUGAUACAAUAACUUGGGCAACAUUUGAGGGAUGCAUAAGGACAGUCGUUUGUUCAUAUUAUUCACAAAUAAGUCUAGAUAAGCCAAAGGUGUACCAGGGCGUGCGGGUGAAGACAACUGUUAAAGAGUUGCUGCAAAAGCAGAGAGCUCUCCAGACAGCAAUUAAAACAGUUAGAAUGAAAUCCCAGAGCUUGGCGAGUCAGGAUGUUUGCGUCUCCUCCUCCUUGCCAGGCCAUUAUUUUGAUUAUUUCCCUCAAGAGAUGAAUUCCAACGGCAGCUUUCAGCCGCGGGCCUUUCCAGACAGCAACGUUCAGAUGGAAAGCUUCGAUAAUCAACAAUUGAUAAGCAUGAUGAUGCCCAACGAGACCUACAGCAGUGGUAUUAUGCAUCCCGCUACUUCAACAAAACUUUGGCCCCAGGAAAAUCACUCCCUGAAUAUGGACUAUUGCGUCAAUGGCAUGGCUCCCAGCUCACCAUCAGGUUCUCUAAAUAUGUCAAGUCCGGUCGAUUACAAUAGUUAUUCGCCACAGGAGUCUUACUCUUCGUCGUGUUACAACUCUCCGAACAGGAUGGACUCGAGUUAUGGAUUUGUUCCAGAGCACUACCACUACCAGCACUGUAACCUCCAGCACUGCUACUGCCUGUCCCAUUGGUCGGGUACACAGGAGAGCAUCUCCACUCCAGAAUACGCUAUUUAUGGCACAACAGACUGUGUACACGCCUCGCCUGUGGAUGCCAGCUAUUUCAGGCGGGAAUUGUCAAGUUCAGAGAUGUGUUACCUUUAAAGAUACUCUCGGUCUUUGUUUUCUGUGUAAAUACAGUAGAAUGUACAGUGAAAACAAUGUCUGUAACUCGAUGUCAAACGGUUGCACGUGUGGCACUUGUUUUAAGAUGUAGGCCUGCUUUGCAUUUCGGAGUGUUUGCUGUCAAAGUUUCCUCGGAGUUUCUGUUUUUGUUAUGAUUGGAAGAAUGCUUUUAGAAUUCAUGAGUUUGGCUAAAUGUUGCAAAUGUAUGGGCUUACAGCUAUCUAGUUAGUUACUGACUGUGAUUUAGAUAUAUAAAAACACAUCUUUUUUUACAAGAAAGUAUAUAUUUUUUUAUGAAUGCAUUCAUUUAGUAAAAUAAUUGAAAGGCCUACCCAAAGGAAAUUAGCAGCAUCAUCCCAAUCAACUCAAUGUUUAGUUUCCCUGUUCAGAUGCACACAGAAACUUAGUUAGAAACAUUAACUUAAAUGUUGUUUUUCAAGUCAUUGAAUCAUAUUUACGGCUAAAACCAGCCCCUUGUUGGACCCAAAUAAAAACCACUACACCUGCCACCACAUUAACUAGAUUGAAAGAUAAAUGACAAUAGACAAGCGAUAAUGAUAGAUAAUUAAUAUCUAUAGUGCUUGUCGUUACAAAAAAUAAUCGGAAAGACCCUAUAACAACUGAAGACAAACACAACAAUAAGGUUAAUAUUGACCGUUCUUGAUGUGGAAAAUGGUCUCCCAUGGAGGCACACGCAAGUCAACGUCACAUCAGGUCACAUCCAGCUCAAGAGACGCCUGUCUCCACUCUAGCCUCCGAGCGCACCCUCCUCUGCAUCAGGAUCUCUAUCUUCUCCGAGGCCGAGAUAAAGCAAGGUUGAGCAGGGCUAGAAGUAGGCCUGCCUGUCCAAAACAUUACAUAUGACCAAAAAGAUGAAUAAAUAAAGGAAAUAACUACUUGAA